GAUGAAGUGUUCGAAAAUCAGCAACUCAAGCAGCAGUAUUUCUUGCUAUAUGAAGAGCUCACGAUUGCAAUGAAUGCGGGGGACAUUGGGCGCGUCGAAGACUGCUUCCUGCCAUGGGCAUUCAUAUUUCGCGGCUGUGGAAAGCAUAAGUAUGCGACCCAGAUGCUGCGGUUCUUGCACAAUCUAUACUUUGUUUAU